CUGAUAAAACAAAAAUCUUGGAAUUAGGUUCUGGAUGUGGUUUAACUGGUAUUUCAUUAGCUGCCACUUUGGUGAAGCUUAUAGCACUAACAGAUCAGGCAACAAUGUUACCUCAUUUGUGGAAGAAUGUUAAAAGAAAUUUGGAUCGCAAUUUAAUUUCAUCAAAAGUUUUAGUUGUUGAAUUAGCUUGGGGUGAAGGAAUUGACAGAGAUAUUUUGUCAGAGCAUUGGGAUUAUAUUAUUGCAAGUGAUUGUAUUUAUAAUGAGUUUAUUGUUAAUGCAUUUGUUGAAACUUUAGCUAGAUUAUGUAAUCAUAACAAAUUUGCGAAACGGAUUCAUGAAGAAAGUGUACAAAAUGAUAAUGAUGAAAGGAUCAAAAAGAUACAACCUACUAUAGCUAUUAUUGCUAUGGAGCUAAGAUCUGAAAUUGUUCAUCUUGAAUUUCUUGAAGAGAUGAAGC